UUUUUACUUUGAUUCCGUAUCCAAGUAAGAUGACUCGGAGCAGCCAAUAAGCGUCGAGCUUUGCUUUGUAGUCAGGCAGACAUUAGGCAGUCGUCCAAUCACAAAAUAAGUCGAAAGGGUAUUUUUGCUCUAUAUUUGUUUAAGGAACUUUCUUUUUAGUUUAUAAAACAAACGCUACAAUUGUUUCGUAUGUACAUGUGGAGGAAUUCGACAUUUUAAUGGAAAUAUUUAAGAACUUCAAGUCCAGGGAUGUUCUGAACGAGGUUUGUCACUCCAGCGUGGUUGAGACAUGGCAGAAGAUCCAUUGAAGAGCGAUGCCUCGGCUGGGGAGGGGGACACCGAGCCCAGCAUGCUGUUGCAGAAACUGAAGAGCAACAUUUCUAAAAAUGUGCAGAGUAAAGUGGACAAAAUUUUGGAAGAUGUGCGGCGUUUCUCUGAUAAUGAUAAGCUCUACCUUUAUCUUCAACUACCCUCAGGUCCAAGUGCAGGAGAGAAGAGUGGUGAUUCAAACUCGGUCAACACGGCCAACCAGCUUCAAACCUGCAACUGGAUUCGUAGCCACUUGGAAGAACAUCCUGACACCUGCCUGCCUAAACAAGAUGUUUACGAGACAUACCGGAAGCACUGUGACAACCUACAUCAUCAGGUUCUGAGUCCAGCAAACUUUGCCAAAAUCAUCCGCGACAUCUUCCCUGACAUUAAAGCACGAAGACUGGGUGGAAGACGACAGUCCAAAUACUGCUAUAGUGGAAUCCGUAGAAAAAACGUGCUAAACAUGCCAUUACUGCCCAACCUCGACCUCAAGAAUGACCCGUCUGAGCUGACAGAACUGGUGCAGACCUACAAGCAAGAGGUCACUGAAGCUGCUUGUGAGCUCAUCUGUGACUGGGCCCAGAAGAUUCUCAAGCGUUCUUUUGACACAGUGGUGGAGAUCGCACGCUUCCUUGUACAAGAGCACAAUGUUGACCCGCGCUGCAGGCAAGCAGAGCUUAUCACCUCAGCCGCUCUUGCAGGAGGAACUUCUAAACCUCAUAAGGUGAUUAAAAAGACGCCAGCAACAUCUCGUACAGGAGCAGAGGAAGAAAGCGGCAGUGUGGAAAAUAAGCAAAAGGAGAAAAAUGGUGUUGAACAACCUCCAGCUAACAAACAGCAGGUCAGUGAUAAACCACCCAACAAGGUUGAAUCUGCUGGUAUGGAGGCCUGCACGAAAAAGUUUCACCAAGUCCUUCCCAGAGGCUCUAUCCCCGAGAAAACAUCACCGACGUGUCUCGCUCCCUCCGACUCGGGCAAUGUCCAGGUCACUUUGCCAAUUACUGCUCCUAAAAGAGGCCCUGAUUCCUCAGCAUCAGCCCCUGUUUCCCCGAAACGAUAAAAGAGGACGACCCAGGAAGCAAAGACUGGAAGAUGCAAUACCACAAGUACAACUAGCCCAAACGUUGAAUCCUAAUCCAGUUUUGCUCACGGGAGGAGUGAUCCAAAAGGCCAUGUUUUCCUAUGCACACGCUCAUCCUUCACAGUUAUUGGAAUUCAUGAUCCAGGACCAGCAAAGCCUGAGGCUCAGUCAACUUCCCGACGUACAGGAAGUGACAGACGCUGAGCGAAGGGUGCACUGUCAGCCUGCCCCUGAACCAGAGAAUCAUCAAUCUGUUGUGAUACUAACGGGGCCCAACCAGCCCAGCUAUGAGUUGAGCCGAGGCGAGGACAUCAAGCGAGACAAUAUGACAAUAUGUUAUUAACAUGUUAUUGACAACGUUUGAGAGUUAUAUUGAAUAAUGAAUAUACCAUUAUGAUUUUAAUACAUUUGUUACUAUGAGAAAGACUCUGGGAUUAAUUAGAUGAUAUAAUUUACACAAUUAUGAUAAUAAAGGGUUGUAUUUAUAAACCUAGAGAACAAUAACUAAAAAGACUAUAAAAAAUUAUAUUUACUGCAUUAAUAUCAUGCUAUUAUUAAUACAAGGUUAAUCUAGAAAUAACACUCCACUUGUAUGACACGCAGGUAAAUCACAUGUAAUGUAUAUAAAUAAAUCAUUAUGAAAUGGUAAAAUCAAAAUAAUGACCCAUAACGUGUAUCUCCAGCAUUUUAGGAGACGACCAUGAUCGUGAUGCCAAUAAAAAUGUGUUUUUACUACAAUAACAUGUACACAGAAUUUAUAGAUGCCUGACAGAAUAUUAAAAGGAUCUAUUUUUUUACUCGAAUAAAACCCUCAACCAAUUAAAUUGCACUUUUAUUCUGUAUCCAAGU